CACCAUGUUUGAUCUCUGUUUGUGUUGAUAAACUGAAUGGAAUAAUGUAUUGCAAGAUUGGCAAGAUAGUAAGCUACUAUGUCGUUGCUGCUUCACGUGGCACAGCCCAAGUUGGAAGCUCAAUUUCUCUGUUCAGAAGAGUUUUAUUAAGUCGUAACCUCAAAAGUUUGGAGAGUUUUCAUCUGCGAUGUCUUCUCCGCAUAUGUGGAAUCAAGUGGACUGACUAUAUACCCAACACAGAAGUGUUAUCUCGUUGUAACAUCAGUGGCAUUGAAUCUUUUGUUAUGAAAUGCCAAUUUCGCUGGGCUGGUCACAUGUCUCGAAUGCCUAAUGAUAGAAUUCCCAAACAACUCCUUUUUGGUCAACUGGAGCAGGGCCAUCCUCAUCAAGGUGGUCCUAAAUUACGUUAUAAAGAUUCUAUCAAGACUAAUAUGAAAUCUUGUGGGAUUGACUUCCUGCAUUUUGAGAAACUAUCCAGUGAUAGAACAAACUGGAGAUCUCUCUGCCAUUCAUCACUCCAACAGUUUGAAGAAAAUCGUAUUAGACAUCUUCAAGCUCAAUGUCAGAAACGGAAAGAACAAAUUGUUCCUACCAACAAGUCAUUUGUUUGCCAAUCUUGUGGCAAGGAAUGCUGUUCAAAAGCAGGUGUUAAAUCCCAUCAGAGACACAGAGGACACUAAAGAGAGUCAUCACUGUUAUCAGUGGACAUGCCAUCAUUAA